CGUUAAACAUAUCUUCCAACAUGGAUAAAUACUAUGAUUAUAGAAUUCUCAAUGAGUCCACUAAGUUCGUUGUCCAUCGUUUGAUCAAUGAACCAAAUUACAAUUACUUUUACGACCCUGCUGAGAAGGAGUUAUUUGAUCAAUCUUGGAAGCAUUUGAUAGAUAACCAAAAUACUGAUGACUUCUUUCAACACUUGCAUAAUAAUCGAUCCAGACUAGUAUUAUUGGUAUUCAAUUAUCACUUAAUAACUCCCGAUAAUUACUAUUUGAGAUUUGAUAAAGAAUACAUUUCAAGUAAACAAUAUAGAUCUGAUGUUUCUGAAGUAAUUAAGGAGGGAAUCACAGUGUCAGUUAAUAUGGCGGAGGAAAUACUUAAGGGUACGGAAUACAUAUCCCAAAAAGGUACAAUAAUCAGCGCUGUCCUGAAUUUGUUUAGUCUUUCACUGUUAUUUUCUGUGCCGAUGCCAGCUUUGUCGUAUAUGGAGCUGCAAAAUCUUGCAGAAGAAAGUCCUAAUAUUGGAAAACUUAUUACUAAUAGGUAUACAGAUAAUUUUUUUGACACUCAUUUUCAAGUAAUUCCCAACCCUAUUGAAGAAGUUGAAAGAGGAAUAGACAACGAGUCUUUACAACAAAAGUUUAUUAAUUUCAGAAUAGAUAAAGAUGCUUUACUUCAACAGAAUGUUUCUUUAGAUCAAAACUUCAAAUUGAGGGAGAACUGGGAUAGACAUCAAGUUUCUAAUUAUAAUGAAUUUUAUUCCUUACUUCCGGCAUUUGUUUUACUGAAUCUCAGUCUUAUUCAAACUGGGGACCUUUCUUGGUAUAACCUAUCUUCUACUUUGUGUACCAAUGUAUUAAGCAUAUCCAAAUCUCAUCAAAAGGAUAUGAUUUGUUUUCAAAUUGAACCAUGUGGAAUUGCAAAAGCUUAUGAAAAUAAAUAUGAUUCAAAUAAUUUAAAAUUCCAUGAAUUAUUCAAUCGAAUCUUUCAUUUAUUAGUAAAAUGUAAUAGUAGAAUUGGAUUUGCUUUUGAUAUGGAAUCUAUGCUAGUUAUCCAAAUUGACUUGAAAAAUCCCAGUCCAACUAGAAUCAAGAGCAUUGAUGGUUCCGUGAAACAAUUAAAUUUUCAUAUGAGAUGCUUCAAACAUUCAGAUUCUAAAUAUAGUAUUGCUUCGAUCUUCAUGAUAUUGACAUCUUUCUAUUUCAAUAAUGUUCAAAAGAAAGAUCGUCAUUCAAUACAAAAUCUACUGAAUGCUUUACUAUCAAAUGCCGCCGAUAAAGAAGAGAAUGACAUGUGGGUAUUGGAUUUCUUCAAGCAAGAAAGAGAAUCCAACUUACUGAAUUAUAUUCAAAGUAGUACAGGUAGCUAUGUUCAUCGAGAUUACCCAAUGAUUAUUAUUCCACGAGGUACGUUUGAGGUGAUAAAAGAUAUACGUUUUAAAUUUCAAACAUUGAUGCCAACUUGUUUUACAAUUAUAGGCAACGAAAGGAAGACUGUUUUGAAAAGCGAUUUUUGUAUUGAGAGCACCAAACGUUCAUAUAAGGUUGUAUAUGGAGUUUCAAAUGUUCCAAUGGUUCUUAAAACUUAUAAUGUCUCAUACAUAACUUUGCGGGGAUUACUCUCCAGGCGCCUUUUUCUAAAGAAGUAUAAGUCUACAUUAAAUUCAUUCCUAUUAGAAGUAUGCGCUUUCUUGAAGUUACAAGAUAGACGUAAGACGGACCUAACCAAUUUGUACCAAUAUGGUUUUAUUAAUGACUCAAGCCCUAACAGAUUAGGAUGGUUCUAUUUAUUGGAAAGGCAUAUGGAAAAGGAAUCCAAGGAGCCUAUUAUAUUGCUUGGAAGUGUCCAUAAGCAAAACUUUUAUGACAGAGAUCUUGUAUUACUGAAAGACUUGAUUGGUCAAUUAAAUAGGACGCAUUCCAAGUUUUUGACGAAAACAAGCAUUAGAGGCAAGAGUUUACUAGCUAUAUAUAGACACCUUCGAAAACCUAAAUCUAGUAGAUAAGGGAAUAUUAUUAAGUACAU